CCUCUACCGUUCUUUUUGUAACUGCAAUUGACUGUGGUGGACCAUAACCUAUCUAUAAUGUCAGUAGGUGAAAAGGAUUACAGUCCAUCCGACACUGCAGUUAUCAAGGAGGUCUACGAUGGGGAGAACGCUCAUGAGAUGUUUGGAGAGGAGCUGGAGCGUGCCCUGGAGGCCAGUUGUCAAACCAUCAUCAUAGAGCCCAGUCGACUGGGAGACGAGACAGCGCGAUGGAUAGCUGUCGGCAACUGUCUCCACAAAACGGCCGUCAUCUCAGGGCUAGGGUCAAUAGUUACAGCCCUGGUGUGGACGGAACGGCCUGUACUGUACAUGCCACUUGCAGUCACCUCUCUGUUCUGUACCGGACUGUACACGGUCUCGUGGCAGUUUGACCCUUGUUGCCAGUACCAGGUGUCCACUGACUCUCACAGUCUCACCGUGCAGCCCCAUGCCGCUGCGUCGCUGUCCGCACGCUCGCCUGUCGUCCUGGUGCGUCGCGACGACACUCGCCGUAAACUGCUCCACUCGGCCGUCACACUCGCUGCGUCGCUACUCGCCGUAUGGAGGUGCUACAUCACUUGUGUCAAGUGAUCCUGACAGUGUCGGUGCUGGUGGUGUACUGUACCUGGGAACGUUUACAAGCGAAGAACUGUCUCUCAGUAGUUCCUAAUCGGGGGAAAUCGUUAGGUCAGUAUUAAUGGUUUGCUUUUGUUUUACACACAUACACACACUAGUUUCGUACGAUUAUAUUCAGUUUUUACCGUUUUUACAAAGGUUGUGAAGUGUUUUAGACAGAUUACUUGUUUACGUAUCACCACUUGUUUUAGAGGAAUCUUAGUUUACUUUUUUUUUAAAGCAACCAAAGUUUGAUCUGAAGCAACUCUUCAUGUCGCACCAUGAAAGAUACUUUAUACAUCUUUAUUAUUAAUUUUGUAUUGAUUGUUGACGGAUUAGUGUUAUUUGCGCAUUGCAUGAGGUCAAAACAAUUUUUAUUUUUGAGUCAUCAAGGUACCGAACCGAUGUAACCAUUCCGUCAGCCUGCCAAUGCCAAGAACUGAAACCUCAUAUUUUUAUAUUAACUAUGUGUUAACUUAUUACUCAUUCAUCUCAAAUGCAUUCUGAAAUCUUUUUAAUUAAUUUCAACACAAUAUGUAAAAAAUAAUGAAGAAUGAUAGUUAAGCACAAAAGGUCAUUGUUAAGUUUAGUGCAAGUCGAUGUAAAUAUUAUUUUAGUGUAAAGAUAGUUGUGAUAGAUUCAAUAAAUUGUAAACAUUGCAGUAUGUAUAUUAGAGUAAUAUUACUUUUAUUAAUAAUAUACUAUUUGUAAAAAACU